UGCGCCGUCAACCCCUCCUUUGUCGCCAUCAUCGUGGAGGCCAGCGGCGGUGGCGCUUUCCUCGUCCUCCCCUUGCACAAGACGGGUCGCAUUGACAAGUCGUACCCCACGGUGUGUGGCCACACGGGUCCCGUCCUGGACAUCGACUGGUGUCCCCACAACCGCAGCCUGAGCUGGGAUUAAUGGUCCCACUGUCUGUCCCCACCCCAGGUGUGGCAGGUCCCUGAUUACGUCCCCGUGCGCAACAUCACGGAGCCAGUGGUGACGCUGGAGGGACACUCCAAGCGGGUGGGCAUCAUCUCCUGGCACCCCACCGCCCGCAACGUCCUGCUCAGCGCGGGUUGUGACAACGUGGUGCUGAUCUGGAACGUGGGCACGGCGGAGGAGCU